AUGGCAGUCUUGUCUGACAAAGGGUUGAUAUGCAGCAACUCUCUCUGUAGGCAGCGUGAUUUCUUACCCUUCCGUUGCGAAAAGUGUGAGAACGUGUUUUGCCUGGAGCACUACCUGCCCGAUGACCACUCCUGUCCCAAAAAGAAUAUUGGGAAUCGGCGAGUUUACGUCUGUCCAGAAUGUCAAGACGUUAUCAGAUUGAUGGAUCUGGAGACAGACGAAGAUGGAGCACGACGCCAUCGGAACGAAUGCAAACCCGAACUACGGGCUCAGCGUGAACAAAUGCGGAAGGGAAGGCACUGCCCUGUGAAGGGCUGCAAGGAACGGCUCACAGCCGUAUCGUCCAUUAGAUGCCCGCAUUGUCAAAUGGAUGUAUGCAUUAGACAUCGCCUGAAGGAAGACCACAAUUGCGAGAUUUUGAAGGCUCAGCAUAAGGAACGAAGGCGAAGCUCUUUGCUUAGGCAAACGUCUAGUAACGCCAUGAAGGCAGUUAAGACACUGUUACAUCCUGCACCUCCGACAUCAGGUGGGCCAAGCACUUAUUUAAAUGUGUGGUCGAUACGUAAACGCUUGCCCCUUAGUCCAGUGACGUGA